CUUCCUCCUCCGUUUCCUCUUCCUGCCUUUUUUUUUUCUUAAAACAAAAACUAACAAAACCAGAAACCCAAUCAUCUCCAAGCGUGUUUCUAAAUAUAUACGCCCGCCACUCUUUUCCAAUUGGGCACAUUUCCAUGAUCUGCACCUCAAAUUUCCAUACUUAAAUCGCUGACUUCUCCUUUCUUGGUUUGUCGAUCCUCUGAUCCCUGCCGCCGACCAUGGGGCUUUGCCUCUCCACAACCAAGGUUACUGGCUCCAGCAGCAACAAUCAUCACCACAAAAACAACGGCGCCGCCGGAGGAGGAGGAGGAGGGGUAGCAGGCGGUGUCAAGGCCAGCGCCACAGGGGCGGCGGCAAAAAAUAAACAGAGUUCGUCAGCGGACAACAACAACAAUCAUUAUAAUACCAAUGAGAAGAGGAUGAGCCGAAAACAGCAACCGGAACAGCAGAAACAAGUGAAGUUAAAAGGGAAGCAGAGUUCGAGGAGGGGCAGUGGGGCAAUUCCGUGUGGAAAGCGGACGGAUUUUGGCUACGAUAAGGAAUUCAAUAAACGGUACACGAUCGGGAAAUUGCUGGGUCAUGGCCAAUUUGGGUACACGUAUGUUGCUACUGAUAAGGAAAACGGAGAUCGUGUUGCAGUCAAACGGAUUGACAAAGGCAAGAUGCUUCUUCCUGUUGCUGUUGAAGACGUCAAAAGAGAGGUCAAGAUUUUGCGGCAACUUGCAGGGCAUGAGAACGUGGUCCACUUUAUUAAUGCAUUUGAGGAUGAUUCAUAUGUAUAUAUAGUUAUGGAGUUAUGUGAAGGUGGUGAACUGCUAGACCGAAUACUGGCCAAAAAGGACAGCCGUUAUUCCGAGAAAGACGCAGCAGUUAUUGUAAGGCAGAUGCUUAAAGUAGCAGCUGAAUGCCAUUUACAUGGUUUAGUCCACCGUGAUAUGAAACCUGAGAAUUUUCUGUUCAAGUCAACCAAAGAGGACUCAGUGCUGAAGGCUACAGAUUUUGGUUUGUCAGACUUCAUAAAGCCAGGAAAGAAAUUCCAUGACAUUGUUGGCAGUGCUUACUAUGUUGCUCCUGAAGUCUUACAACGGAAGUCUGGACCUGAAUCGGAUGUCUGGAGCAUUGGUGUCAUUACAUAUAUUUUGCUCUGUGGAAGGCGGCCCUUUUGGGAUAAGACCGAAGAUGGUAUUUUUAAGGAGGUCCUAAGAAACAAACCUGAUUUUCGCCGCAAACCAUGGCCAACCAUAAGCAACAGUGCCAAAGAUUUUAUUAGGAAGUUGCUUGUGAAAGAUCCGCGUGCUAGACUUACAGCUGCUCAAGCUUUGUCACAUCCAUGGGUCCGAGAAGGAGGAGAUGCAUCUGAGAUUCCAAUUGACAUAUCUGUUCUGAAGAACAUGAGGCAAUUUGUGAAGUACAGUCGCUUGAAACAGUUUGCUCUCAGGGCAUUGGCUAGCACACUUGGUGAAGAGGAGCUGGCUGACCUUAAGGACCAAUUUGAUGCAAUUGAUGUAGAUAAAAAUGGGUCUAUCAGUCUUGAAGAGAUGAGGCAGGCACUUGCUAAGGAUCUACCCUGGAAGCUGAAAGAGUCGCGUGUUCUAGAAAUUCUUCAAGCAAUUGAUUGUAACACGGACGGGCUUGUUGAUUUCUCAGAGUUUGUUGCAGCUGCUCUGCACGUGCAUCAGUUGCAAGAACACAAUUCUGAGAAGUGGGAAGAACGUUCCCAGGCUGCUUUUGACAAAUUUGACAUUGAUGGAGAUGGCUAUAUAACCCCUGAUGAGCUUAGAAUGCAUACCGGAUUAAGGGGUUCAAUUGACCCGCUCCUUGAGGAGGCAGAUAUUGAUAGAGACGGCAAAAUAAGCCUUUCAGAGUUCCGCAAACUUCUAAGAACCGCAAGCAUGGGGUCAACAAAUCUGCCGAGUCCUUCUGGUCAUCGCAACUCUCGGCGCGUCUAGAAGACCGAAUGGAGAAUUUGGCGAUGAAAAGAAAAUCAUGUCAUUGUUCUUCUUUUCUGGAAGUUGUUCAUGCUGAGGAUGCUCAAAUCAGAAGCGGGGCAUCUUCUAUUUUCCAGUUCGAGUUGCAGUUGCAGUUGCAGAGGACCUCUUUACGAGACUCCUGUUGCUUAAAUGGCAAGCAAGGAUGGGAUGUGAGUAUUUGAGAGGAUGAGCCCGGGUGUAACGAGUUAAAAGACGGGAGGGAGGGGUUGGUUUCUGUAAAAAAUGGGGGAAAUUAGGUGGCUUUUUUUAUAAGAAACAAAGAAGAAAAUAUACACGGGGAAAAUGGCAUCUUGUGUAGCGAAGGUGGCGGGGUUUGUGUUAGUACAGACUACUUAUCAAAUGUCAAUGAGAGCUUAGGAUUUAGAGUUGAGAUCAAUUAAGGUGGUUGGCGUGUAUCUAUUUUUGGCACGGCAUGUAUGGAGAACACUGAGUCACAUGCAAGAACAAAAAUCCCAGGCCCGAUUCUCAAACUCGAAUUCAAAGAUUAGUUUAAUAAAAUAUAUAACUCUGAUUUACCAAGUAUACUGCCGUAAAUCACUUGGGGGUCGUUUGGAUCCAGAAAUGUGGGUAGGGAUUCGGCCCAAAUCCUGGCCCGUCCAGGAAUUUAACCCAUUCUCCUGUUUGGAUAGCUAAAAAAAAGGGGCGAGAUUUGGCCACCAGGUUUUUGAAAUUCGGCCCAGCCCGGAAUUAAAAAUAGCUGCUAACCCCCAAGUAUUUUAAAAUCCGGCCCCAAUUUUUUUGUUUCUUCCCAGUUUGUCCCUGCGUGGCUGCGAGAGAGAUGACCGACGACGAUGUGUCCCUGUGUGGCUGCGUCCCAGCGUGCCCAGAGCCAAUCUCGCCGGAGUUAGACGCAAGAGAGACGACUAACGACGUGAGAGAGACGACCACCACCACAUCCUCGUCCACCGCCGCCCCCGACUCAUCUCCUUUCUCAUCUUCCUUCGCCGCACUCCGCUUUCUUCCCCUGCGCCGGUCAGCGAAGAAUUCAGAUCUAGAACCUGAAUUUAGAUCUGCGACAGCCCACAGUCUGCCUCCAACAGAGCUUUGCCUUCCUUCACCAAUCGCAUCCCCUGCCACUUCCAUUCAAGCUUCAGCUUGCAUAUUGCGUAUUUGGUUUCUAAUUACAGAGAUUUUUUAAUUAUGUGAAUACAGAGCAAAGCAGAGAAGAGAUCAAAUUAACCAGCUCGAUGAUACCUGCAUCGGAACGAACCCGGGUGCGUCAUCGGUGAACACACGCACCACCUCAUCCCAUUUCCGUCGGUGCCGCCACCCUCCUCGUCGGUGACAACUCUCACUGCCGCCUCCCCUGCAUACCCUCCCACACGACCAUCAAUCCCUUGCACCAUCACCCAUCUCCGACCCAUCAUCACCACAUGACGAUGAUGGCCGCCGCGAGGAAGAAGAGAAGUGAGGGCAGUGAUUGUUGCCCUUCCGCCGUCCAAGCCCGUAGAGGAAGAUUCGGGUUAGCCGGUUGCCUCUCCCGACUCUAUAAUCAAAGCCUGGGAGCUCAUGGAUGGCCUCGACGAUGGUAGUGUGGACUCUGAUUUGGGGAAAUCUCAUUCUAAAUGAUGAAUUCGUUUUGGGUUGAAGAAUUAGGGAUUUUGGACCAACUAGAGAAAAAUUAGAUUCGCUGUUGAAGUCGUUAUGGAAGCAUUUCUCGGAGUCUUCUACGGCGGAUGAACCAGUCUCCGCAGCCGACGGCGACGACAUCAUGCUCUUCUUCACGAGCCGGCGAGAGGGUUCUUCGAGCAAUUCAUCUACCUCCAAAGAUUGGUCUACUUCCAGCCGGCGGGAGGGUUCUUCGAGGCAUGCGGCAAGCUCCGGCUAGAGAAGGAAUCGAUUUGGGUUUGGGGUUCUUUGAGGCUUGCAAAUCAACAUGCAAUAGGUUUGGGCUCUGGGUUCAACGAAAUCAGCGUUAAGAUUGAGGGGCGAAAAGAGGAAAUAGCUAGAGAGAUGCGAUUGACGGAUGCAGCAAGCUGCCAUUGAGAGGAGCAACAGUGGGAAGGUAGAAGAAAAAGAUGGGUUAGGGAAGAAUAUUGGGGUUGUUGUCUACGAAGAAGAGUAGCAAUUAGCAAAGGGCAGAGUUGUAUUUUGGCAUCUGCCAUAAAACGUUAAAUUGCUGCCUAAGAAAUCUCGGGCCCGUAAACAAACGAAUAAAUUGUUAAAAUCUUGCACUUUAAAUACCCGUGUUUUAUAAUGAGGAAAUUGGAUCCC